AUGGACCAAUUCCCAAAGCUUCGACCGGUCGGUCGCAUAGAGCUAUGCUCCACCGCACGCCAUCACCUAAGAUUCUAUUAUAAUGUAGCCGUAGCAGCAACUUACUCACUUCCGGGAACAUUUACCCUCCCAAUCAAAGACUAUGUCUACAAAGCAUGUGAAAUACUCAUUGCGCAGCACCCAAUCCUCUCAGCCGUUCCAAUCGGCGAGGAGACAAAGGAUCCUUACUUCGCGCGUCUCCCGAGCAUCGAUCUCAGCCAAUCGGUCUUUUUCCAGAAGCGUGAACACGGUUUCCCCGAUGCAGAAGACCGGGACGAAGAUCUGGAUACGUUGCUGAGCACCCAGCAUAAUACCCCCUUCGAGCUCCCCUUGCCAUUCUGGAGAAUAUUCGUGUUAACUGAUGAUGCCGAUGAUACCGAAAGACGGUUUACCGUCGUCUUUGUCUUCCAUCAUGCUAUUUCUGACGGCACUUCGGGAAAGGUCUUCCACAGAUCCUUCCUGCAGGCAUUACAGUCCUUGUCAUCGUUGGCUGUAGACGACGUCAAGGAGGUUAUUCCAUCGCCUGAUUCAUCGCUUCUGCCGCCUGGGGAGGCCGUCCACCCUAAGCCAGUGUCGUACACUUACCUGGCUGUUCAGCUCUUUAAAGCUAAGAUCUACGAUCCCCGAGACCCGGGCUUAUGGACAGGCUCGGAGGUCAAGCUCCCACUGGAGACGAAGCUAAAACACAUCGUGUUCCCAAAGCACUUAUCAUCCACAUUCAGAGACCGCUGUCGCGAAAAUAAGACAACCAUAACAGCCGCUCUUCAAACAAUCAUCGCUCGCUCCCUUUUCACCCAUCUCCCUGAAUCCUCCACGAAGGUCAGAUGCUCCGGCGCGAUGUCCAACCGCCACUGGCUUCCCGGCCCCAUCACAGAAGAUUCAAUGGGUGUCUUUGUCCAAGAAUACACGGAAGACUACUCUCGGAAAGACCUCAGUGAGACCUCGUUCCCCUGGUCCGUGACCGUGCGGUCUCGCGCGACAAUCGAAAGAGAACUCAGUAAAGAGGGCAGGGACACUUCUGCAAAUCUGCUUAGGUACGUAAACGAUUACCAUAAUGAGCUCUAUUUGUCAAAGGUCGGGCGGCCGAGGUCGUCCACCUAUGAGGUGUCAAAUGUCGGGGCUUUUACUUCUACUACACCGGCAGAAGGGAUGCCGCGGGUUGGACGCGUCGUUUUCUCGCAAAGUGCGUCUGUCACGGGAAAUGCCUUUGAAGUCUCGGUUGCUUCGGGUGGCGAUGGUUGUUUGGUGUUGAUGUUUACGUGGCAGAAGGGUGUUGUGGAGGAUUUGUUUAUCCUAAACGUUAUUGAGUCGGUGAGGAAGGAAGUUUACGAUCUUUGUGUGUGA